CGUCCCCUGAAACCCUUAUUACGCCUUCAUCGUCACCGCGGCCACUUCGCCCAACGCUCCGAGCUCGACAGCGCACCAGUCUCGCGCCGUGGCCUCUUCCGCAGCCAUGGACGUCCUUAAGUCUCUCCUUCCACCCGCCCAGGGCGUGCUUCCUUACUACAUGCUCGUGCUCUCCGUCGUGUCCAUUGGCAACUCCCUCCAGGCCUACGCGACGCUACACUUCUCCCGUCGCGUCUACAACGGCCGGUUCGUCCGCAACUCGCAGCUGCCGCCCGCCUCGGCGACGUUCAACCCCGACGACUCGGUCAACAAGCUCGUGCCCGCCAAGUCGCAGACGGACCCCAAGGCGGCCGACCAGCUGACGCCCCUCGCCGGCCGGCUUUUCGGAACGUGGACGCUCAUCACCUGCAUCGUCCGCUGCUACGCCGCAUACCACCUGCACCUCGGCCCCGUGUACAAUAUCGCUAUAUGGACGUACGUUGUGGCGCUCGGUCACUUUGCGACGGAGCUGUUCGUCUUCAAGAGCAUGACGUUUGGCCUGCCUCAAAUCUUUCCGUUCACGCUCGCGAGCUGCGCCCUGAUUUGGAUGCCCAUGGUUCGGGACCACUACGUCCAGUUCAACUAGGCGACGCGAAGAAAAAAGAUAGUGAGAGAGUGAGAGAGAGACAUCGAGAGAAGAGGAGGGCUGGCGACAUCGUCACAGUGUACAAGGACCUGGAACGGACAGGCUUAAUAGAGGUACGGAAGAGUUCUAUGGGAGGAUUCAUUGCUUCAGAUUAUUUCGGUAGAGCUCUCCGCCGCAGUUGCGCAGCCGAGCUGUGGCCUGCUCCGGCGUAAUGUCUCGCUGUGGCUCUGCCAUUAGCUCGUACCCGACAAGGAACUUCUUGACCGUCGCAGACCGCAGCAGCGGCGGGUAAAAGUGCAUGUGGAAAUACGAGUUCUCGACCUCCUCCUCGGUGCCCUGCAGCGGCGCCUGGUGGAUGCCCGAGCUGUAGGGAAAGCUGCACUCAAAGAGGUUGUCGUACCGCCGCGUGACCUCCUGGAUGGCCUCGGCGAGCUGCAGCCGCUCCUCGAGCUUGAAGUCGACGAGCGAGCGGAUGUG